AUGAAAGACCUCCCAUCGGAAUCCGAUACUGAAAAUAGCAUCUGCUUGUACCUGUCACCUGAGGAUGCCGCAAGGACAGACACCACAUCCUCAGAAGACUUCCCCGAGCAAUCUUUCUACACGAAAAUCGAUCCCGAACUGCCUCUCAGCAACCAAGUGGGUCUCCCUUUCGUGGGACCCCUCUGCUACCUGCCCUUUGACCACAACGCGCAGAAUCUGUUGGCCCUUGCCAUGGGCAAUCAGCAGAGUUUCAACCAGAGGAGAAGGAAGGCAUCGAGGUCCAGGUCAGGGAAUCGCAGGACGAGGCACAGUCCUGCAGAGCUACAGAGCCAACGAGUGUUGGCCAAUGUGCGCGAACGUCAACGCACACAGAGCCUGAAUGACGCUUUCUCCGCUCUUCGGCGCAUCAUCCCCACCCUGCCCUCGGACAAACUCAGCAAGAUACAGACGCUGCGGCUGGCGGCUAGGUACAUAGAUUUUCUAUACCAGGUUCUCCAUUACGGGGAGGAGGAGGAAAACGUGCAAGCAUCUGCUCAGUCGAAAGUGUCACCCUGCAGCUAUCUGGCACACGAGAAACUCAGUUACGCCUUCUCUGUGUGGCGCAUGGAAGGGGCAUGGGCUGCGCAAUGA